AUGGCCCUACUGUGGUCCCUACUCGACUCAUAUCUGCGCAGUCCCCCAGCAGAGCUGCGCAGUCCCCCAGCAGAGCUGCGCAGUCCCCCAGCAGAGCUGCUCAGUCCCCCAGCAGAGCUGCUCAGUCCCCCCAGCAGAGCUGCACAGUCCCCCAGCAGAGCUGCUCAGUCCCCCAGCAGAGCUGCUCAGUCCCCCCAGCAGAGCUGCUCAGUCCCCCAGCAGAGCUGCUCAGUCCCCCAGCAGAGCUGCUCAGUCCCCCCAGCAGAGCUGCACAGUCCCCCAGCAGAGCUGCUCAGUCCCCCCAGCAGAGCUGCUCAGUCCCCCCAGCAGAGCUGCGCAGUCCCCCAGCAGAGCUGCUCAGUCCCCCAGCAGAGCUGCGCAGUCCCCCAGCAGAGCUGCGCAGUCCCCCAGCAGAGCUGCUAG